CUAUGCACUUAUGUGGCUUAGGUGGAUGACUGAUGAUCUGGGUAGAGUUUCGCCUAACACCUUAGAUAUCUCUUGACGUAAACUAAGUAUAAUUAAUACAUAUUUUAGUAUAAUGAUCAUGGAGACUAAUAAUAGUCUAGAUCCUCACUAAUCUCAAUGUCUACCUCAAGAUCUAUUAAGUAAGGAUCUUCCAGACAUGACAGUUGAGAGGCAGUAUCAUUUCGGCAUAACAACCUUUCUUAAAUUCAACAACUAAGCCAACGUGAUCAUUUUAGACACCUCUCCUGAAAGUAAAUCAAUCAGUAUAAUGACUUGGGAUUACUGGGAAAUCUUAAUUAUAGGUUCAUAAUAAUGACUUAUGGCCAUAAAUAUAAGUUACACCGAAAGAGAUAAAGUGUAGCUUAACUUACAAAGCUUUUAAGCGAAAACUGGAAAAUACGCGGGCAGAAUUCCAAAACCAAAAACUCUAUUUCACCGGGCUACCUGGUGCUCCAAACCCUCGUUAAUAUCGCUCUAAUAGCAAAAAAAAAAAUGGGUCCUAAGAGAAGAAUUCGAUCCAGAGAGAAAGGAUAUGAAGCGUGUGGGUGAAAUGGCUGCAAAAAUAGUCAUAUAUAGGACAUUGGAAUGCACGUUGUGUAUAGGAAAGGGGCACGUCGCACACUAUGGCUGGAUCUCUUGACUUUUGCCACAUGUCAUCGCCUCCUUAGUCCACCUCGUCGCUUCUAUAAGGUCUCUACGUGGCCUAUUCUUGUGGUGCCAUGUGUCCAAACCUUAUGGAGCCACGUCUCCAUGUCUCGGAAGAAGGGGGGAUGCCCCGACCAUGCCACGUGGCGCCCUCUCGUAGUGCCAUGUCAUUAGUGUGCGCUUCGCGCGUAUGAUUUUCCAGAUUUUUAAAAUGAUGUAACUUCUUCAUAUGGACUCCAUUUUUGGACGUUCUUUAUAUCCCUUGUUGGGUCGCGUUUUGUAUAAUAUGUUGCGUCUAUUGGGCUCGUUAGCUAGUCCAUUUUUGUAUCUCCGGUAUGGGCCUGUCCAUCCGUGAGUUUAGUAGGGUUGAAUAUAAAUAUAGGUGCUUGCAUGCAUCUUGGAAAAAGAGAGUAUAGAACGAUCAGAUCAUUUUUCAGAAGUUUAUUAUUAUCGUUCUUGUAACCCUAAAUCCUCUACAGCGGAAGUUCUUAGUCGAGCUCUGCUGAGGAUUGUUUGAUCUAAUCAUUCGACAUAUUUUGAUCUACUCUUGUCUUAUUUAUUGUUUUGUGUUCAUCGUAAUACCUGUUUCAUAGAUCUAAUCGAUCUUCACGUUUGUUAUUAUAUCCUAUCAAUUGGUAUCAGAGCAGGAGGCUGUGUAAUUCAUACACAUUUUUUCUGUGAAAAAGGUUGCGAUUAGGGUUAUUCCGCAUUAAUUAAUAUUUAUUGAGCCGUCAUCCCAUAAUUGACGUAACUCAACAUUUAUUCGUUUUGCCCUAAUUUAAUAUAUUACAAGUCUGGUCUUUUAAACAGGUUAUUCGAUCUAGCAUGGACGAGUCACAAUCAAAUCCCAUUAACAUCUCAAACAACAUUGGAUCAACGACGAAGAUUCCCAUCCUUUACACCCAGGAUUACGAAGUCUGGGCACAUCACUUUGAAGAUUAUGUCAUUGGAUCUGAGGACAACGGAUAUCUUAUUUGGGAAGCAAUCGUGUCUGGACCAUUCGCUCAUUCAGCAACAUCCAGAAUCAUUAAAACUCAAAAAGAGUAUAAUGAUCUGUUGAAAGAUGUAAAAGAUAUUGCCCAAGACGAAAAAGAUAAGUUUCAGUGCAAUAUUAAAGCAUUGAGACUAAUCAGAUUCGCUCUUCAAUCUGAUACUUUCAGGCUAGUGAGUUCGUGCAACACUGCUAAAGAAAUAUGAGAUAGGCUGCGAGAGUUAUAUUCCACAGAUGAAGAUCUCGAGCAUUCCAUUCAAACCUUACUUUUGUCCGAGUUUGGUGAAUUCAAGCAGAGUCCUGAAGAAACUGUAACUCAAACGUUCGAUCGCUUCAAUCAUCUUCUUAGUAAGAUGAUUAAACAUGAUAUUGAAAGGAAGUUGAUUGAACAAAAGGUUACGUUUUUAAACGGUCUUAGAUCCGAGUGGAGAGCGGUUGUGUCCAUUGUUAAAGCACAUGAGCAAUUCAAAUCUUACUCAUUGGCAAAGCUAGUAGGGAUUUUGAAAUCCCAAGAAAAAAUUGUCUUGCAGGAGAAAAAUGUUGUUUCAAGCUUGGGAUCAUUGGCCUUUCUGUCCAAAAGCAAAGGUGUGAUGGAAGAUAAAGACUUUAACGUAGAGGACUAUGACCUUACCUCUGAAGACUAUGCAAUGAUGGUGUCAAACCCGAAGAGGUUCAUCAAGAAAAGGUUUCCUAGCAAUAAGAACCGAAAUUGGCAGGGAAGUUAUAGUUCUGAAAAGGUCAGGGAAGAACCGAAAGCAGAAGAACCAAAGAAGGAACCGAAAGCUGAAGGAGAUUCGGGUGUGAACUGCUACUAUUGUGGAGGAAAGAACCACUAUGCCAAAGAUUGUGUCCUCAAGAAAAUAGCAGAAAAGAAUGAGGAGAAAGAUGAAGAAGCUGUGUUAAUGAAAAAGCUGGAAGAGAUCAAGAAAAAGAAAGUUGUCACUAACCCUUCAAUGAAUGCUUUAAUUGUGCAGGGUUCGGUAGCAGAUGAUGAGUUCGAUGGCGUGGAGGUCUGGUCAACCGACUCUGAGGAUGAUGAAGUAAGGAAGUCAUCUCAUGGAAAGGCUUAUGUUGCGAAAGAUGAAGGAAGCGGUGGAAAAUGCUUGAUGGUGUCGGGUGUAUCUCAAAUGAGGGGAUACAACACAGACGGUGGGAAUGAAGACACAAAGGAGCGAGAAGACUUGUGCUUCACAGCAAAACCUCUCAGCGUGCAGUUUAACGAGCUUGAUGAAUUAAUAAAGAAGGGCGUCUUCAAAGAGUGAGGAACGGAGGAUGUGGAUCGAGCUGAAGGAGUCGGAGUUAAUCAAAUCCAAGGACGAAAACAUUUAUUUAUAAAGAGACAAUUUGAAACUUUUAAAACAGAGAAAUGUCUUUUGUUUAAUUGCUAAGCGCCUUUACACUAAUAUCACUCAACUUCAUUUAAACUAUGAAAUAGGGCAGAAAAUUCAUCGCAUGAUUUUGCCCUUCCUUGAGUUUAAGGAGGAUGAAAUCGACGCUGAAGCAUAUAAUUGCGAAAGUGUAGUUUCGUCUGAGGAUGUAAAUCCGACUUAUAUGUAUGGACUAGACAAAAUCGAAUAUUUCAUAAAGUCCAAAGACCAUAAGGACAUGCUGAAAAACCUUUUGGAUGAAAAUGAUAAAUUGAAACUAAGGACCGACACCAUACAAAAGUUUGACUCAUUGAAUGUCAACUUGAGCUCAGAAAAUAAAAUUGAUGUUGGAAAUGCAUUUGAGCUUAAUGAGGAUGAUGAUAUGAGUGAAAUUUCUGUAGAGGACGUAGUUGACUGUUCUGAGUUUGUCAAGAGCGAACCCAAAAACCACAAAAAUCUUAUUUUAGAAAAUUCUGUGGAGUUUGCUCGUUUGUCCCAACAAAAGUCCCUGAUCCUUGAAGAAAAGGUUGUUGUAUACCAAAAGGUAAGGACGACUCCAAAUCAAGUGUAUAAGGUCACACGAGUAACCGAACAUCAGACAACUGAACUCACAGCCAUUAUAAACGAAGAUAAUGCUGAUGGUUGUGAUGAGUUCUUCUGGUCCGCUCAUAUCGACAAUGCUGACGAAACCGUUGGUCUGUCUGAACGGACGUCCUGGAAAACCAAAGGCAGAUAUGUACCAGAAGAAAAAGGAGAUCCUGCAAAAGAAGUCACUCCUUCAAGCGAAACUCCAACAGUCCAGAGUGAACCGGCUGACAAAAAGCAAAAGCAAAAAGCAAAUAUCCAUCGACAGCCGAAGCAAGUGAAGAAUCAGAAGCAGCAAAGGAAUAUGAGAUACAAGAAGAAUCUCUCAGAACGAAAACAGUUUUAGCAAUCUCAAAACGCCCAUUUCUCUUAUCAUGACAGAAAUUCAAAGUCAGAGAAAAGUAUUGUUAGAUCGCAAGAAAGUAAUAACAACAGAAGGGAGAAGUUCAGUUCUGAGGGUCAUAACAACCGAAAGGAUACGUUCGGUUCUGAAAAUUAUGAUAACCGAAGGCAAAGGUUCGGUUCAUUAAACACAAGCCACCGAAAGCAUAAGUUCGGUUCUGAGAGCAAAAGCAACCAAAGUUCUAAGUUCGGUACCACUAAUGAUCAAAAACAAAAGGGUCACUUAGAACCUCAAGUCAAGAAAACAUCUCAGUCUAAAUUCUCUCGUUCUACUUCUUCUAAUCCUUCUAAUUCCUCUCAACCUCAUUCUAAAUCCAAUUUUGUUAAUACUCAAAAUCCAAAAUCUUCAACAGAUUUGAAAGGAAAAUCGAAGGUUUCCUCAGUCAAAACCGAUCAAAAGCAUUCCAAUGUCCCAGUGCCUAAACCUGAAUCCAAACCGACUUUAACAAAUCCCAAUAAAAUUAAGGUUUUCACCAUUAAAAAUAAAGAUGAAACAACUUUAAUAAAAAGAACAUAUUUUGUUGACAUCUCUCUUACUAUUCCUGUUCCUGUGAAAGGCUCAUGUGGACCCAAGAAACUUUGGGUUCCUAAAUCUGCUUAAUUUUUGCAGGUUAUCAGUGACGAGCAGUUUGACGAAGAAUGGUAUAUUGACAGUGGCUGCUCGCGUUACAUGACAGGAAGGAAGGAAGAGCUGAGGGAAUUUCGGUCUCUUUCAAACGGUGGAAAUGUCAAGUUCGGGAACAACUUAUUUGGCACAAUAAAAGGCUAUGGAAUGAUAACAAAUGGUGAUUUUACGAUUAGGAAGGUCGCAUACGUUGAAGGACUACAGCACAACCUCAUCAGUGUAUCUCAGCUUGUUGGAGGUACUGGUCUCAAGGUCUCAUUUGAUGAUGAGGGUUCGGAAAUAAUUGAAAAGAAAACAAAAAGAGUAAUUCUCAAAUCGGAGCGCAAAGGCGAAAUGUUUCCCCUGAACCUCAAACCCAUCAAAGGGAAUUCAGCUAUCUGCCUGUUAUCCAAAGCACAAUCUGACGAAAGCUGGUUGUGACACCGAAGGCUCUCUCAUCUCAACUUCAAGGACAUCAACAAACUUGUCACAGGUGGUCAUGUUCGAGGUCUUCCAUUGCUCAAAUUCGAUCGAGAACAUUUAUGUGCUGCGUGUGAAAUGGGGAAGCAGAGUCGUCAAAGUCACCCAUCGAUUGUAAACACUAAAGUUGUUGAACCAUUAGAGUUAAUUCACAUUGAAUUGUGUGGUCCAUCAUCUAUCGAAAGCAUCGGCGGUAGCAAGUAUAUUCUUGUCAUUGUUGAAGACUUUUCACGUUUUACAUGGGUGUUCUUUCGGAAGCUCAAAUCUGAAGCAACUCUCAAGCUAAAGAUGUUUAUCAAGUAGGUUGAAGUACAGCUGAAGAAAGUUGUUCGCAACAUCAAGAGCGACAAUGGGCUGGAAUUCAAAAAUAAAGAAUUCGAAGAAUUCUUGGGCGAAAAAGGAACCAGUCACAACUUCUCAGCUCCCUACACCCCUCAACAAAACGGGAUUGUCGAAAGACGAAACCGAUCUUUGUGUAAGGCGGCUCGAACCAUGCUAAGUUUUGCUUCUUUACCUUUAUAUUUUUGGGCUGAUGCUAUUGUUGCAGCAUGCUUUACGCAGAACAGAUCAUAUCUCAAUAAGCGAUUCACUCUCACUCCUUAUGAGAUCAUCAACAACAGGAAGCCAAAUGUCAAAUUUUUCCAUGUAUUCGGCUCACGGUGUUUCAUCUUCAAUUCUAAAGAACAUCGUAACAAGUUUGAUGUCAAAGCCGAUGAAGGGAUAUUUCUGGGCUAUUCUCUCACUUCUAAAGCUUACAGGGUAUUAAACAAGCGCUCGAGGAAAAUAAAAGAAACUUAUUAUGUGACUUUUGAUGAUAGCUAUGUCAAAAAGCUAAAGGCCAACGAAGACACAGUUGGAGAAAUCUUUUCUCAAACAGGCCAAGUCACAGCCUCGAUCGCAAACCUAUUUGAGAAGUUCGUCGAGUUAUUCGAUGAACCAGAGAAGGCAACUCUCUCGGAAGCUAGUGCAGCAGACAACAAAGUAGAUCAUCUGAAGCAACUCAUCGAAGAUGCUGCAAAGCAAAUGAAUGAAGGAGGAUCAAGUUCUAACGAACCUCCACAGCACGAUGCUUCAGUUGAGGGGGAGAACCCAUCUUCGUCAUCUCAGCCGAGCUCACAUGUUGAGGGGGAGAACAGUUCUCAAGCUACUCCCGAACGCACUGCAACACCCGAAGGUACGUCAAGACCUGAAAGCUCGACACCUCCCGAAACCCCUGUAGCUCCGGAAACUCAAGACACACCUGAAAGCUUAUCUGUCGAGGGGGAGAAUGCCGAUAUGCUUUAUGACGAUGACAGUCAAUCUAAACUAGAAGAGAUGGUAAAUGCUGAAUUAGAUCCAUCUUAUGAUCCAAAUUACCCUCCUCUUGUCAAAUCGACCAGAGAUCAUCCUGUUUCCCAAGUUGUUGGUAAUGUCUCUUAAAAGGUCCUGACCCGAUCACAACUAAAGGCAAAACAAACUUCCUUAUUUUCAAAAGUAGAAUUCUGUAUGUUUAACUCCUUCGUCUCAAAAGUUGAACAAAAGACAGUUAACACUGCUCUUGAUCACUCCGAUUGGGUUCAAGCUAUGCAAGACGAACUGAAUAAAUUCAAAAGGAAUAAAGUUUGGCGCCUCAUUCCAACUCCUCAAGAUGCCUCAGUUGUUGGUCUCAAAUGGGUCUUCAGAAAUAAGAUGGACAAGGAAGGCAACGUGAUACGAAACAAAGCCCAUCUGGUGGUGAAAGGAUACUGUCAGGAGGAAGGAAUCGACUAUGAAGAAACUUUCGCUCCUGUAGCUAGGCUGGAAUCCGUUAGAAUAUUUCUUGCCUAUGCUGCACACAAAAACUUUGAGGUCUACCAAAUGGAUGUCAAGUGCGCAUUUCUAAAUGGAGAACUUGAAGAAAUGGUGUACGUGGAGCAACCUCCUGGAUUCGUCAAUGAAAGGUACCCCAAUCACUGUUACAUUUUGGACAAAGCCGUAUAUGGACUGAAACAAGCUCCGAGGGCCUGGUAUAAAAUGCUAACCAAGUUUUUAAAGAUGUCCAAAUUCAAACAAGGUUCGGUUGACCCAACCUUCUUUCGUAAGAAGGAAGGUAACCACCUUAUGAUUGUUCAAAUUUAUGUUAAUGAUAUCAUCUUUGGCUCAACGAAUCCUAGCUUAACGGCUGAAUUUAGAAAGCUGAUGGAGACUAAAUUUGAAAUGAGCUAAAUGGGUCCAAUUAACUUUUUCCUUGGUUUAAACAUUAGACAGGGACCCAAAGACAUCUUUAUUAAUUAGGAAGCUUACACGAAGACUCUCCUUGCAAAAUUUGGCAUGAUGGGAGAUUCAAAGAUUAAAGUUCCAAUGGCGUUCGGCACCAAGCUCACUCCAUCAUUGAAUAACCCAACAGUUGAUAUUACGCUAUAUCGCCAGAUGAUCGGUUCUCUGAUGUAUCUUACUGCUAGCAGGCCUGAUAUAAUGUUCUCUGUUUGUUACUGUGCUAGAUUUCAGGCGAAUCCACGUGAACCUCAUAUGCUUGCAGUGAAGAACAUACUCCAUUAUCUCAAGCGAACUACCUCUUUAGGCCUAUGGUAUCCAUCCAACUCAGGUUUCUUUGUUCAAGCCUAUUCAGAUGCAGACCUUGGAGGUUGUGGACUAGACAGGAAAAGUACCACUGGAGGCUGCCAAUUCCUAGACGGGAAGUUGGUUAGUUGGCAAUCAAAGAACAGACCUAUGUGUCUCUGUCUACCGCUGAAGCAGAAUACAUCGCAGCUGCCUCCUGCACUUCUCAAGUGAUUUGGAUCCAAAGUCAACUCCGGGACUAUAGACUCAAUAUGAAAAAGAUCCCACUAUAUUGUGACUCUGAAAGUGCAAUUAGGAUCUGUCAUAACCCAGUACAACACUCCAAGACUAAGCACAUAGCACUGAGGUAUCACUUCAUUAAGGAUCAUGUGGAAGAUGGGAACAUCGAAAUUCAUUUUGUUCGAACCACUGAUCAAUUGGCUGACAUCUUCACCAAAGCUCUUCCUGAAGCGUCAUUCAACAAAAUUCUACAACGGCUAGGUAUGAUGGAAUCGGAGUCGGUACCAAACAUUACCUCUCAAACUCAAAAGUAAGAAGCGAAAUAGACCGAACGUUCGGGUUCGGGUCUUGUUCUAAUGUACCGAAAUGAACCGAACGUUCGGGUUCGGUUGAAUAAUCUGCUUUUCGCUCAUCAAUCAAAGGUAGUUUUCAUGGUUGUAGCUCUUAUGUAUAAUUGUUUCAAAUGCAUUUAUCUUAGUGUCAAAGUUAUUCUCUUUUUAAAACCUAUUUUCCUUGGCAACCGAAAUAUACCGAACGUUCAGGUUCGGUUCCAAAAAAAAAAAUUUCCAACCGAAAUAAACCGAACGCUCGGGUUCGGUUCCAAAUUUUUUUUUUCUCCGCAUUUUUUUUGUCUUAUUUUUUAUUUCAUUUUUUUUAUUAUUAUCAAAAAUUCCAAAAAUAUCUUUUUUAUAAAUUCAAAAACUCCAAAAAUAUUUCGUUCUUUAUUUUUUUUUUUUUGCUUUAAUUUUAUUUGUGUGUUCGGUUAUGGGGAAAUUGUUGAAUUAGCUAAAUGUCCCUAGAAGCAUGUUGCUGUAUGUGUCCAAAGCCUCACCUGAUUCUGAAUAAUAGCCUUAAUGACUUGGUAUAUACAAACAUUGUCUUCCCAAUUAGGCUAUCAUAUUUAUUCUAAUCUUGAGCUACCUAACUCUCUUCUCACAUGAGAUAAGAGUUUUCUGCUUGGUCCUAUUUUUCACAGCAGAGGUACUUUGAUUUCUUACACCAUCUAAAUUCCAUUUCUCCAUCACAUUCGUUUCACAAACGUAACCCUUGAGACUCUCGAAAAUUACCACUGAGGUUUAUGGUUACACAAUUACUGUGUUCAUGAUCUUAGUUUCGUGCUACUACGAUCUAAGUGAAACCCAACAUUCAAUACCCAAUACGAAUUGACGGUGAACAAUUAAUUUGCUCUAGUUUUCACUAAUGCAUUGACGGACGUACCUCCAUGAAAGCUCAAAAUUUUCUUUUGUGUGAUUUCUAUGAAAUUGUUAUCACCAAUAACAUUUCUUCCCUUGGAAUCCAGUUUUAAAUUUUUGUUGAGAUUUUUUAUACAUAUUUCCUCGCCAAAUUAAAUUAUCUCCAACCUACUUGUUCAAUAGACUACACCGGUCUCACAAGUACUUUGUUCGCUUUCUAUCUUAUAUCAAGAUUAGGAAGUUUGAAUCGAAGCGAAAGCCACCCUAAUAAGCCUAGUUAAAAGAAGCCUUUCAACACUUCUUAAUUGGUGUUUAAUCGUUAUUCAACGGGAAACCACACAAACACUUUAAGGUCUCUCUUGACUUUGAAGGAAGAGAUUCGUGCCCGGGAUCAUUUGUUUCGUGUCUUUAUUGACAUCACAUAUUUUCCCAAAAAUAUUGCUUUAUUUCUUUUCUUUUACACCCUAAGCACGAAAAUCUUUGAUUUUCCUAAAUUCAGGUUCUAUUAAUUACAAGGCAUUUUACUUGGAUUUGCGGUUGAUUAAAGGCUGUGGUUGAUUUUAAUCCACGUGGGGGUAUUUUUCAAAAGAUGCCGUUACAAUUUAAAGAGAUAAGAUAAGGACAUGCUGACUCAGGCGGGAGUCUAAUCGAUUUGAUUUCAAACGGCGCAAGAGGGGCGCGUGUGAAUCUGAACCGUCUCGUCUCCAGACGACGCCUAAUGGGAAGGCGUGUUAUUAGGGACCUGACAUUCUCUCUCAUGCGUGAUCAUCGGCAACCCCAACUGUCACGCAUCAGUCAACUCCGAAAAACCCUUCGUUUUUCAAUAGAAGAUUUGGGAAGAUCUUUCUCUCUCCUUACACCACAGUAUAAAAGGCAACAUCCUCCACCGUUUACCUCUUUACUGCAAUUAUAAUUCCCAGAGCGCAAGAAAUCACUAAACCUUCACAGUUCAUCAUCUUCUCUACUUUCUUCAAGCAAUGGCAGAUUCAUCUUCCGUUCACGCAACAUCCCACAUUUUUCCCAUUCGCCCACAACAAAGCCUAAUCAUCGAUUUAACCCCUCAUGCUUACGACGCCUUCAUGUUCCCCAUCAUCGAGUGUCUGAAGUUUUCUCCGAUCGCUCCUGCACUUACUAGGGUUGAAACUGUUCCGAUGGAGUUCCUGUCACAGAUCUUUGCGACCGCUCACUACGACAAGGUUGUUGACAAAAUCUUUUUUGAUAUCUUUGAGCACAAGGCGUCAAUUUCAAAGCAAAGGUUUUGCUCGCUGUUAGGGUUUGAACCUGAUUCUUCGAGGGUUAACCCUGAAACGGUUCCAAUGGGUCACUUGUUCAACAUGUUCUAUAGCAUGGGUUAUCCGGAGGUGCUUUCUGCGGUCACGAAGUUCAAGAAGUCGUGCCUACCUCCACAGUGGAAUGGGUUGUUCACUGUUCUCUUCAAGGGGUUAUCCGAGAGAAGUGUUGGAUCUGAUGGUGCCAGCCGUUUAUUUCUCUCCAUACUGUAUGGUAUCUACAAUGGCAUCAACAUGGAUUAUGGGCAUGUUCUAUGGCUACAACUCAUCCAGAGUCUCUCCUCUACCUCCAUACAUUCAGAGAUUUCGUAUGCUAGGUUCUGGACUCUUAUCACAAAAUGGGUGAUGGACAAGUACCACGUCCCCAUUGUCGUUGGUGCUCCAAUGUCUUCGAUUGGUACCUUCCAUACCACGAAUAUCAUUGUGUCGGACGCCUCAAAGUUUCCGUUCAACGGGUCUAUUCCGGAGACCAUGUAUGGGGAUGUUCCUGCUGACAGUCGGAUUAUCCAGACGUACAAAGGGUUUAAGCGUUCUGGUCCGAGGGAUCUUACUCUAGAGAUGUUGAAGUCAAUACAUGACGCCGACAAGCCUGCUCCAAGAGGCAAAAAGGCUGAUAAGGGGAAACGGGUGGCAAAACGAGCAAAAGGCCCAUCUCCAAAGAAAAGGAAACCCACCAAGCUUGCUCAGUCUCCACAGCACAAGAGGAGAAAAACCCAACCACGACGAAAGUUAAUUAUCGCUUCCUCCUCAAGCGAGUCUGAGGGUGAGAGUUCAGAUUCUGAUGACUCUCCACGUGGCAAUACUCCACCUAGAUCUCAUACCCCAGAAGUUCAUGCAUCUACUUCUCCAAUUUCCUCUCCACCAAAAACCAUUCCUAUUUCUAUUCCCCCCAUAACUUCCACUACCUCAAUACCACCCACUUCCAUCCCAAUACCAACACCAAUAUUCACCGACGCAACCACAACAUGCACUGCAGAUGUUAGAGCCAACGUAUCUGAUACGGGGGUUCAUACUGAUGCACCCGAAAACACUCCAGCACCUGAAACCACAAAAGCACCCGAACCUACACCAACACCCGAAACAACGCAACCCGAACCUACCCAUACUACUACACCACCAGCUUCACCACCACCACCUUCUCCUGGUUAUGCUUCAGAGGGAGAAGAACCAUUCCUUGGCGGGGAAAAUAUGACGUUUGACUCGGUCUACUAUAGUCCGUUUCAAGUACAAGUGAUGACGAUGACGACGCUCCUGUCACAAAAAGACAUCUCAAGGAGCUCCAUGACAACAUUGACUUGCUCAUCGCCUCCUCUUCCACUUCUCAGUCAUCCCUUUCUGAAGAUGCAGUUCAGAAGAUUGUUGACGCCUUCUCAAAAGCUCAGCAAGAUUCCAUUGCUUCUGCAACCUCCGCCAUAGAUGCCUCAACAAAAGCCUGUCAGGCUGCGACCGCAAAAGUCGAUAAACUAUUUUCUGAUGCCUCUUCCCUGUUAAAGUCUUUACAGGAGAAUGCAAAUGCUGCCAACACUACGUUGGAACCUAUUAUUCAUUAGCUAGCAACGUCAGUCUCCACUGAGUUGAAGUCCUUCGCUUCUUUUCGUCAAAUGCUUUCAGCUGACAACUCAGCCUUUCGCACAACCAUUGACGAGCGUCUCUCGAAGCUACAAGAAGAUUUGGCUGCCGAGAACUCUCUUAUGGAUGUUCUUGCCAAGAAGACCACUGCUCUGAAGGUCAAGAGCGCUCAACUCUCCAACUCUCAACAAGAGAUUGACUCUCUUCGGUCUGAAAGGGAGGUGAUAAAGUCGUGUGUUUCGGAUGUCCACUCUGCCAUCUCCAACAUCCUCGAAGCACAUGAUCCUAUUCUUAACUAUACUGUGAGGCGUGACCUUGCAGAGAAGCUCGCUCCCGCCCUUGCCCUGCUCAGCAAACUCGAAGGGCUACUUGAUUUCGUGUCCAUUCCGAAACAAGGGGGAGAGAAGGAAUCUAUGUCCCAACCACCUCCUACCUCAAAGGCGACUCACACUACCGAACCUCCUCCAGUAGGCCAAGCCUCCGGUUCCGAUGUGAAAGACAAAGGCAAAAAGAUUGCUGAUGAAGAAGAAGAAGAAGAAGACAAAGAAACAAUCGCCGACUUGUUGAAGUGUAGAAGUCGACGCAAUGAGGCUGAUAUCAGUGCUCGUGUGGCAAGAGAGGCUGAAGAAGCCGAACGUAAACAGAAGGAAACCCAUGACCUUCUUGAGAGUAGGAAAACUCUUUUUCCUGCCUGGACUCUCGAGAGGGUGAUAAAAGAAGCCAUUGACACAUCAAGUAUCUUGUAGCUGGAACCUGUAAUCUCUCUUGAUUGUUCCAACACUGUCGACUCUCAGUUUGACAUGCCACUGACCCGAAAGGCGUUCAUCUUUCAUGCCUUAUACAACGUUGAUCCACAGGUUGAUCGGGACUUAAUCAAUUUUUAUCUGAAGGCUACUCAACCUCAGUAUCAGACUUGGAGUGCUCAUAAAAUUGUCAACGUUCGGGUCUUGAAGCCGUAUAGUGAAGGGAACUUCAUCAACAUUCGGUUCAAGGUACUUCGGGGAUCUGCCAAAACCGAACAUGCUAUUUCCCUUGCAGAUCUUCCAAACCUUAAUCCCCAUGAUUGGAUUAUCUUGCACAACAUCCUGCUCACCAACGAAGCUGAAUACGGUCCGAUCAUUGACCAUUUCAAGAGGAUGCUCGUGUGCUACAUCAUGGAAGUUGCACUGAUGGAUCAGGAGAUUGCAAGCGUAUUUAAGAAGAAACCAACAAUAUCUCCUGUUGGCUCUGCCAUUGAUCUCAACCAAAUGCAGAUGGGUAAAAUUGACUCGAGAAGGAAUUCGGUCAUGUUCACCAGGAACGAAGGACAGAAAUGUUUUUUCGCCUUGGCUGACAAACACCUCUACACCACUGCUUGUUUAGAACACGUUUUGGGGAUCAUCCACAGAUGCAAGCAGCACACAGCGGAUGAUGUCAAGUACUUCGAUGACAUGAUUCAAUGGUACAUUCGGUUCAGACAGACUAUUCUCGCUCUUAUCACACGUCUGUUUGAUGCUGUGAAGAAGGCUCCCGCUGCUAGCCCGAAGAAGAAGUAGUCUCGCUCCAAUUUGACGCAAAGGGGGAGAUUGUUGGGUCGCGUUUUGUAUAAUAUGUUGCGUCUAUUGGGCUCGUUAGCUAGUCCAUUUUUGUAUCUCCGGUAUGGGCCUGUCCAUCCGUGAGUUUAGUAGGGUUGAAUAUAAAUAUAGGUGCUUGCAUGCAUCUUGGAAAAAGAGAGUAUAGAACGAUCAGAUCAUUUUUCAGAGGUUUAUUAUUAUCGUUCUUGUAACCCUAAAUCCUCUACAACGGAAGUUCUUAGUCGAGCUCUGCUGAGGAUUGUUUGAUCUAAUCAUUCGACAUAUUUUGAUCUACUCUUGUCUUAUUUAUUGUUUUGUGUUCAUCGUAAUACCUGUUUCAUAGAUCUAAUCGAUCUUCACGUUUGUUAUUAUAUCCUAUCAUCCCUGAAAAGCUCUCGACGAGAUCCACAAAUUUCAUUUAGACUUUGUCGACUAAUUUUGACUUUCUUUUUAAAAGCUAUAUUUUUAACAAACUUAGACUAUUAAAGUCCGUUAAAAAUUCAUAAUUCUCUCAUAUGAUAUCCGUUCUCGAUUGUAUUUAUAUCAACAGAACCAUAUGGACAAAAUCUUCAACUCUUGUUUAGAUUGUUUUUCAUACAAUCAACCGAUCUGUAUUUCAAUUUUUAAGUUAUAUAUUGCUACGUUGAAACUUCGAAAAAUCAUAACUUCCUCUUACGAAGUAGAUUUGGACAUUCGCUAUAUGCACGCUAUCAGUUUAACGACUACAACGACUUUCUUUUAGAUCACUUAGGCUAAAAAGUAAUCUAUCUAAAAUUCACUUUUUACGAUACGUAGAGUAGUGCUGGUUUAAUCGUGAAACUUCGAAGAAGCAUAACUUCUUCAUACGAAGUCGGAUUUUAGUGUUCUUUAAAUGUAUGAAAUCUAUGUUGCACAUACUAUAACUUGGUUAUGAUUAUUUAUCCUAAAUAAUCUUCUAUCAAAAAUUCAAUUUUAACGCUUAUUAUCUCUUAAUUGACUGACUUGAAUUUGCGGGCGUUACAAAGCAUUUCCAACCCCUCAAUUGAUGUCUCAAGUUUACUGUUAACAACAAAAGAUAUGACAUUUAUGUCCUCUAUGUCUCAAUAAGUCAUUUAGUUAAUAAAACAACCUCUUUUUGUGUUUAAAUAACUGAAUAACUACCCAAUUAGUACGUGGUUGCCACUCAUACCAUGGCUACAAACAUGCACAAGCAUAUAUUGUACAAUGGUUUUAUCUGUCUUAUUUUCUGUCAGGGAAUGCGUAUAUGGUCACAUGCAUGUAAUGGUCCUUAGCUAGCAUGUUUAUUCCUUGGGUCAUUUUAUUACUACCACUUAUUGUUAGGCGUUAUCAUCACAUUCACUUAUAUCAUUUGUUUUUAUUCUUAUAUUAUCCUAUGUUCUCUGCUAUAUCAUAUUCAUUAAGUGGGGUCAAUGUUAAAAAAACAGUAACCAAGUGUAACAAUUGUUCCAUCUAGGUUACUCUAACUUCUUCUUCUUCUUCUUCUUCUUCUUCUUCUUCUUUUAAUGUUUGACCACUUAUACAAAUUAGUACCCAAUCACUCAAAUGUCUACUUGCCAAUGCCAUUUAGUGUUUUGGCUUCGUCUUGUGAAUCAAGAAACAACUUAGUAAUUACACAAAUAUAUAUGAGAAAAAUGCAGGACAGAGACUUGCAUUGCACAAAAGAUGUAAAUGCUCUCAUCAUCAAUAAAACCACCCUAGAAAGCUUGUACAAUCACGCGUAAUAAACACAACACAACCACAUGAACAUUAUGUUGUAUGAAAUUUCUAAUGUGAUGUUGGAAGUUUACUUCAUUUUCCAACCAAAAUUCAUCAAGGGAAAAUUUUGAAAGUAGUAGGUGGGUUUACCUGAAUUUCUCGGAGCAUUCGUUCAAGUUGAACUCGGAUUUCAGAGAAGGGAAGGCGGUUACGGGGAUUAAAGUCCCAACAUAUAUGCAUCAACUCAUUCAGUUGUGCGUGUGUGGAGGUGUACAAACCUGUUUUUUUCAAACCGGUUCGUCACUGAAAAAAAAAACUGAUCCUAUAUGUGACAUCCCUAUUUUUCAUGGCCAGAAGAGACCGAUUUCGUUUAUGCUUUUAAAAUAAAAUCAGAGUAAUCUUUUAAAAGGUGUUGCGGAAUUUGUUCCCAAAAUAAAAUAUGAUAAAAAUUUAUCAAAGCAUUUCUUAAAGAAAUGUAUUUUCAUUAUAUUACAAAACCUCGGGAUGUCAUGUUCCGAUACAGACUAAAAGCAUAAACAGUAUGAUUUAGGCCUUUCAACAGUUAUUUACAUCUAUUGGCCUAUAAUCUAAAAUCCCUCGUCAUCAUCCAACGAUGCUCUUGUUCCACUACCUGUAAUAUAAAAAGCUGAGUAGGUCUGGCUUGAGAGCGUGGUGAGUAUAUAGGGUUUUCAACCCACAAUAAAUAAAUUUAUUAUGUUUAAACAUCAAACAAUCAACCCAAUUUCUCAUCCCCAUUAUCCCCUUUAUUACCCUACCCUAUCGAUCCUCACAACGACAGGAUCUAUACUCUCAGAUCUAAAAUCAACCUCUUUAUUAAUCCAUACUCCCAGAUCUAAAAUUUACAUCUUUACCUAAUUCAUACUCUCAGAUCUAAAAUUUACCUCUUUACCUAAUCCAUAUUCCCGGAUCUAAAAUUUACCUCUUUACCUAAUCCAUACUCCCAGAUUUAAAAUUUAUCUCUUUACCAAAUUCAUACUCCCGGAUCAAUAAUUGUGCCCAUUCCAUACUCUUGGACUAGGGACAAUUAACUAUAUCUUACUCCAUACUCCUGGAUUAAUAAUAAAUAACUUAUGUCUUAAUCCAUACUCCCGGAUUAAUAACAAAUAACUAUGUCUCAAUCCAUACUCCUGGAUUAAUAACAAAUAACUAUGUCUCAAUCCAUACUCCCGGAUUAAUAACAAAUAACUAUGUCUUAAUCCAUACUCCCGGAUUAAUAACAAAUAACUAUGACUUAAUCCAUACUCCUGGAUUAAUAACAAAUAACUAUGUCUCAAUCCAUACUCCCGGAUUAAUAACAAAUAACUAUGUCUUAAUCCAUACUCCCAGAUUAAUAACAAAUAACUAUGACUUAAUCCAUACUCCCAUAUUAAUAACAAAUAACUAUGUCUUAAUCCAUACUCCCGGAUUAAUAACAAAUAAUUAUGUCUUAAUCCAUACCCUCGAAAAACAUCUACAUUUUACGAGCAUGUUAAUAUUCCACUGGACUGUCUAGAAAAGUCUGUGGUCGUCAUCUAUAUUCCGCUAGAUGACUAGAACAUCGUUAACAUCGAGACCUCUCAUCAUUUUGUUUCAUCACAUAUCAACUAUUUCAUCUACCCAUUUUAUACCCAACAUAUUUGUAGAUAAAAAUACAUAUACAGUUUAAAACAUGUAUAAAACAUCUAUUCAACACUCAUCUCAAAUAAACAAACAAUAUAUAUACACAUAGCACGUAUUUUAUUGAAAAUACUUCAUAUCUAUGUGUAAGAUGAAAAUGACUACACUCACCUUAUAAGACGGUGAUUAGACAGCACUUCGUCCCUUUAAACAAUCUUUUUCGAUGAAACUGGACUUCACGUGGGUAGAGUUUCGUCUCGAAAAACUCUUUUCUCGGGAUCUUCGAGCUCUCCGGGCUUGCUUACGAUGCUAAGAUGAUAUUAUAGGCUUAGGGGGGUUUAGUGUAGCUUGGAAGAGAGUAGAAGGGUGAAAGAAGUAAUUUUUGUAACCAUUUUCGGGGUAGCCUCGUAUCCUAUUUAUAGGAGGUCGAAGCUCCUUAUUACGUUGGGCGUAAUUCUUCGGUACGCGGGGCGUACUGCCUUGCAAAUCUCUUCGCUGGAUGUAACUUCGUACGUUGGACGCACGAAGGGAUCAACUCGGAUGUGUCAAGGCUAACCCAAGUGUCUCUCAUGCGAAGGAGUAGGGUGGGUGACUGACUCCGGAUCACGUAUACGAGUACGUUGGGCGUACUCCUUCGGACCAGCCUCGAAGUUUGUGCCCAAAACUUUAAAAAUUCGUAACUUUCGCAUACGAACUCCGUUUUUAAUGUUUUUUUAUAUCCAUGCGUAGGUGAAAUUAUGCUCUACAACUUUUGUUUAGACUCCGUCGGCUAAUUUUAACUUAAAUUUUAAAGUUAUAUUUUUAACAGGCCGGGACAGGAAAAGUCCUUUAAAAAUUUAUAACUUCUUCAUCUGACGUCCGUUUUCGUCUGUCUUUUUACCGUUGAACUACUAUCAACAAGAUCAUCAAUUCUCAUUUAAGUUGUUUCAGUUAAAAAUCACUCGAUCGAAAAUUCGAGUUUCAGGUUGCAUACUGCUAAACCGAAACUUAGAAAAAUCAUAACUUCCUCAUACGAAGUCAGAUUUGGGCAUUCUUUUUAUGCACGCCCUCGGUUUAAUGAACACUACGACUUUCGUUUAGAUCACUAAUGCUAAAAAGCACUUUAUCGUAAAUUCAUUUUUUAUGUCACAACGUCAUACCGGUUCUAUCGCGAAACUUCGACAUGUCAUAACUUUUUCGUUAUAACUCGGAUUUCGGUAUUCUUUAUAUCUCCGGAAUCUUUGUUUCAACCACUACAACUUUCUUCAUAGAUAUCGGGUUCAUCUAAUAUUUAUUUUCGACGCUUAUUUUUAUCCUUAACUUAUUAAAUCAUAAUAAUUAAGUAUAAAAUACAUAAUACUCAAAUAAUACAUCUUAUUAUUUCAAAACAAAUUACAAAGGUUGACCUAUACUAUUACAUCAUCAUUAAUGCCUAACGUAGAAACACAUUAUAUAAACCGGUUCGGUCCAUCCCUUAUUGGUUUGGACGAAACCGGAAAAAAAAAUGACGAUUAUGAGUCUUUUUUUUGUUUAUCUUGGUUUUGUUUUUUGGGCUUAUAUGACUAAUAUGUGCAUAUACUAACCGUAAGAUUGGUUAUUUUCUUUAUAAAAUCGA